GACACCUAUGGGAAUUGGAACAGAGCGAUGAUUCAGUAGAAGAUUUUUAUAAGAAAUACAAGGAAUAUAUAAAGCUUUCUAGAUGGAAUGAAAGUCAGAAUAAAAAUCAAUUUAUUCAUAGACUCUCAUCUGCAAAUCAGUUCGAAGUAAGAUUAUGUGGAUUAGAUCUUCCUUUAGAUAAACUAGUAGAUAGACUGGUUAAACUUGAAGUAUUAAAAAGUCAUACUAACUAA